AUGGCAAGGAUCCUGAAAGUUGGAGGUGCUUGCAAGGCAGCAGUGAAGGCCAAGACAUGUAAAGGUGCUACCGCUGCUGCUGCUGCUGCUGCUGGGCAUGCUGCCAAGGGUAGAAAACGCCAAGACUACCGACAGGAAACUAUGGACCUUGCUUUAAAGAAAGUACGGGAGGAAGGAAUGGCAAUACGAGAAGCGAGCAGAGUUUACGAAUUGCCAAGGACAACCCUCCAAGACAAAGUGCACAACCGCACCCCUGAUGUCGGGAAACCUGGUCCCAAGCCUGUACUAACACAAGCAGAGGAAGAGGAACUUACUAAGUAUGUGAAAUACAUGUCUCAGAUCGGCCAUGGACGUGUGAAAGAGGAACUGCUUGAUAUUGUGCAGAAAAUUAUUGAGAAAGAUGGGAGGCCCAACCCAUUCAAAGACGGUCGUCCCGGUAAAGAUUGGUUUAAAGCAUUCAUGGCACGGAAUCCCUCACUCUCCAUUAGGACAGCUGAACAUUUGGGCCUAGAAAGGGCCAUUGUUACUCCAGAGAAGAUCCUUAAGUGGUUCAGAGAGAUGACUGAAUAUUUUAAAGAUUUGGACUUGUUAGAUAUCUUUGAACACCCAGAGAGAUUGUUCAACUGUGACAAGAGUGGGUUUCCACUCUGUGUAAGAACUGGUAAGAUUCUAGCAGCCAAAGGUGUGCGUAGUGUCUACAGUUUUGGUAAUUCAAAUAAGAGCCAAAUAACCACAAUGGCUUGUUUCAGUGCUGCAGGCCAGUACGUGCCUCCCUUGGUGAUCUUCCCUGGCAAGAGGAUGCAAAAUUACCUGCUUCAGGGGGCUGACGAGUUUUGCCAUGGGAUAUCCCCAAAUGGGUGGAUGGACUCUGAGGUCUUUUUUGAAUAUAUUGCAAACCACUUCUACCCUGUAGUUAAGGACAUGGGCAUGAAGUUGCCCAUCAUUCUGUUUGUGGAUGGUCAUGCCUCUCAUGUUAAUCUUGAAACAGCCAAGUUUUGCUGGGACAAGGGGAUACACCUCUACUGUUUCCCAAGCCAUUGUUCUCACAUUCUGCAGCCUUGUGACUUGUCUUUCUUCAAGCCAUUAAAAGAUGAAUGGAGAAAAGCAGUCAGAAGAUGGCAGAAUGAGAACAUUGGUCAGUGUGUUACAAAAAAAUGUUUCAGUGCAGUCUUUAAAGGAGCAUAUUAUGCCACUGUCUCAAAGGAAAAGGCAGUAAAUGGAUUCAAGGAAGCCGGGUUAUUUCCAUUGAAUCCAAAUGCUGUAGACUUCAGCAAGACAAAACCAUCUUCAGUUCUCUCUCCGCCCUCAGAGUCAGCCCUUUCCUCUUCCUCCUCCUCGGAGUCUGGCCUCGCUGGUUCAUCCUCUGUGUCCAGUAUUGUUGUCCCGUCCUCUGCCCUCUCAGAUCAGUCGCAGGUCCUUGCUAAUCAGCUUUCUCCCCCUCCUCCUACCCAUGUCCCCUUGAAAGAAAACUCGCAUGAAGAUGACGGAGACAUUGUGAUCCUCACACCACCACUACAAGCAUUUGAGUCCACUUUGACUGAGUUCCAAAUCGCCCAAUUCCAAAAACGGUAUGAUGAAGGGUAUGAUUUAAACACAGACAGACUUUUUAAAGAGAGACUUCAUAGAUAUUUGAUGUACUGA